CCCCUUUCCCGGACGCCGGGGCCCUCCCGGACGCCGGGGCCCCCCGUGCGGCAGCUCUUCGAGGGCCGCUCCUGCACCUUCACGUACAUCGUGGCGGACGCGGCCACCGGCGACGCCGUCGUCAUCGACCCCGUGCUGGAGACGGCGCCGCGGGACGAGCGGCUCCUGCGGGAGCUGCGGCUGCGGCCCCGCUACCUGGUGAACACCCACGUGCACGCGGACCACGUGACGGGCACAGGCGCCCUGCGCGCCGCCCUGCCCGGCAGCGUCACCGCCAUCGCCGCCGCCAGCGGCGCCCGCGCCGACCGCCUGUUGCGCGACGGCGACCGCCUGCGCUUCGGCGCCUUCGAGCUGGAGGUGCGCGCCAGCCCCGGGCACACGCCCGGCUGCGUCACCCUCGUGCUGGACGACGCCUCCAUGGCCUUCACGGGCGACGCGCUGCUCGUGCGCGGCUGCGGCCGCACCGACUUCCAGCAGGGCA